UGGCUCCCGCAAGUCGAGUACUUUGCCUCCAAGCCGGACGAGUACAGCGUCCUCAUCUUCGACCAGCGCGGCUACGGCAACAGCCAGGUCCCCCGCGGCCGCUACACCACUUCGCAAAUGGCGCUCGACAUCCUUAGUCUGCUUGCCGAGACGGACAUUGCGCCGGCCGAUGCGCGCGCGUUCCACAUCGUCGGCGUCAGCAUGGGAGGCAUGAUCGCGCUCGAGCUCGCCAAGCGCUACGCACCGCUCCUUAAGAGCCUCACGCUGAUCAGCACCACCAGCGGCCGAGCGUAUGGCGCUGCAGACCGUUUCGCGACGGGUCUGCCACCCUUACGCGGCGUGUCGGCGAUCGCGCGCGUCAUGGGCGGCCGCCUGCUGGGCAUCGACAGCGACGCAUUCCGUAUCAAAAAGUUCACCACGCUCCUCUUCCCCGCGCAGUGGCUCGAUGAGCCGUGCGAGCGCCUGCCGCACGCUGCGCGCGUGCCGAGCAACCGCCAGUGGUUCGCCGAGACGUUCCAGUGGCGCUAUCGUUAUACGCAUAGGCAGGCGCUGCCCGGCGCCCUCGCGCAGAUCGCGGCGACGCUGACGCACCGCGUCAGCAACGCUGAGCUUAGGCAUAACAUCGACGCGCACGUCCCGCGCACCCUCGUCCUGACCGGCGAUGACGACAACCUUGUUAACCCGGACAACAGCAGGCACCUCCUCGCCAACAUGCCUCGCGCACGCCUCGUUCGGCUCACUGGCGGCGGACAUGCGCUCAAUAUGCAGUUCCCCGCGCGCGUCAACCGGCUGAUCGAAGAGAACGUCAACGAGGGCGAGGACCUCGUCGCCCAAGGUGGCUGGUGA